UGGAAAGAGAAUAUCACUUUUUCUCUCUCUCCUCCGAUCGUUUGUUGUUGGUAACGGGAAAUAACGCUGAACUACUUCGAAUCGUCGUUCACUCUUGGAAAGCGACGGUCUGAUACUUUUCCUUCUUCUACUUGUUGGCAAGUUUUUCCUUUUUUUCUUUUCAUCUUUCUUUAUAAAUUAGCGACAGCGAUAGGAAGCAAGCUGACAUUUAAAGGGAGAAAGAUAUAUAGAGAGAGAGGAUUACAGGAAGAGGAUCACUUUGGUCUUUGAUCAAGUUGUCAGCACUCAACUGUACAUCCAGCCGACAUGUCCACCCCCGUCUCCCCCUCCCCUUCCCUGUCCCCCCUGGCUCUGGCAUCCCCCUCGCCCUCGCCCUCGGCGUCCCCCCUCCCAUCUCCGCUCUCCCCGCCGCCCCGGGUGCCUGUGUUCCAGAGGAAGGGCGCCCUGAAGCACAAGCGGAUUGUGGAGGUGAAGGACCACCAGUUCACGGCACGCUUCUUCAAACAGCCCACCUUCUGCAGCCACUGCACCGACUUCAUAUGGGGCAUUGGAAAACAGGGCUUUCAAUGUCAAGUGUGUGGUUUUGUGGUUCACAAGCGAUGUCACGAGUUCGUGACCUUCACCUGCCCCGGAUCCAUGACGGGCCCCAAAGCCGAGGACCUGAAGAGCAAACACAAGUUCAAAAUACACACAUACGCCAGCCCCACGUUCUGCGACCACUGCGGCUCGCUGCUCUACGGCCUCAUACACCAGGGCAUGAGGUGCAUCAGCUGUGACAUGAACGUACACAAGCGCUGCGAGAACAGUGUACCCAGCCUGUGCGGCCAAGACCACACGGAGAAGAGAGGCAGAAUCCAUCUUAGCAUCCGUGGCGAGAGAGAGGAGAUACAUGUUACUGUCCGGGAGGCUCGUAACCUGAUCCCCAUGGACCCCAAUGGGCUGUCGGAUCCCUACGUCAAGCUGAAGCUGAUUCCUGACCCCAAGAGCCAGAGCAAGCAGAAGACCCGCACCAUCCGGUCCACCCUCAACCCCGUGUGGAAUGAGAGCUUCAUCUUCUCGGUGCGGGGGCGGCAGUGGGACCGACGCCUGUCCGUGGAAGUGUGGGACUGGGACCGCACUUCCCGGAACGACUUCAUGGGGGCGCUGUCCUUUGGGGUCAGUGAGAUCUUCCGGCGUGCAGUCAGUGGCUGGUACAAGCUGCUCAACCAGGAGGAGGGAGAAUAUUACAACAUCCCCGUCCCUGACCCUGACCUGCAGGAACCUGCUCCUGUACCACCACCCCCACUGCCCACACCCCCGGUACUCCUGCCGACCCCGCUGACCCCGCUGACCCCUCCCACCCCUUCCUGUCCACCCAUCCACUCUAUGGGGAAGGGCCGCAUCAGUCUGCAGGACUUCAGCUUCCUGAUGGUGCUUGGCAAAGGCAGUUUUGGGAAGGUGCUGCUAGCCGAAGAGAGGGGCAGUGACAGGCUGUUUGCGGUGAAGGUUCUGAAAAAGGACGUGCUCUUCCAGGAUGAGGACACCGAGAGUGCCAUGGUGGAGCGGCGCGUUCUGGGGCUCACUGGGAGACCUCACUUCCUCACCUGUCUGUACUGUGCCUUCCAGACUGAGGACCGCCUGUACUACGUGAUGGAGUAUGUCAACGGGGGUGACCUGAUGUUCCACAUCCAGAUCGUGGGCAAGUUCAAAGAGCCACACGCUGCGUUUUAUGCUGCAGAGAUAGCUGUCGGCCUCUUCUUUCUUCAUCAUAAAGGGAUCAUAUACAGAGAUCUGAAGCUCGACAACGUGCUACUGGACAGUGAAGGUCACAUCAAGAUCGCAGACUUCGGCAUGUGCAGAGAGGGGAUGUUGGAAGGAGACUCCACGCGGACCUUUUGUGGCACCCCCGACUAUAUCGCCCCUGAGAUUGUGGCCUACCAGCCUUACGGGAAAGCUGUAGACUGGUGGUCUUAUGGGGUGCUGCUCUACGAAAUGUUAGCUGGACAGCCUCCCUUUGAUGGAUUGGAUGAGGAGGAGCUGUUCCAGUCCAUCCUGGAGCAGAAUGUGUCAUAUCCCAAGAAUCUCUCUCGUGAGGCUGUGUCCAUCUGCAGGGGGCUCAUGACCAAAAACCCAAUGAAACGUUUGGGUGCAGGAGAGGAGUCAGAGCGGGAAGUUCGAGAGCAUCCCUUCUUCCGCUGGAUUGACUGGGAUAGACUUGAGAGACUGGAGGUUCAGCCCCCCUUUAAGCCUCGCACUGGUGGUCGGAAGGGGGAGAACUUUGAUAAGUUUUUCACCGCCGCCCCUUCGGCCCUCACGCCCUCUGACCCUGAUGUGUUGGCCGCGAUCGAUCAAGAGGACUUCCGGGGCUUCUCCUUCAUCAACACAGACUACCCCACGUCUCCUCUCACCGCCGUCUGAGCUUCAGAGGGUGUUCCAGGAGUGCAGGCUGGCGGCUGCUGAGGACACUCUUGCAGGGCAAUGAGUCAAACUUACAGCUUACACAGGUUAUACACAGUCAUAGGUCAAAAUACCU